GUGCGGGCGGCGCUUGUUGUUCAGCGGCGGCGGCCGAGCUCGGGUGCAUCCUCGGGCCCGCCGCCGCCGCCGCUGCCGCCGGAGCGCGCGGCCAUGGAGCUAGAGGUGCCGGACGAGGCAGAGAGCGCCGAAGCAGGGGCCGUGACAGCGGAGGCGGCCUGGUCUGCGGAGAGUGGGGCGGCGGCAGGUAUGACCCAGAAGAAGGCUAUCCUUGCAGAGGCCCCGUUGGUGACAGGGCAGCCAGGCCCUGGCCAUGGGAAGAAGCUGGGCCAUCGAGGCGUGGAUGCGUCUGGAGAGACUACGUAUAAGAAGACCACCUCGUCCACCCUGAAGGGUGCCAUCCAACUGGGGAUUGGGUACACGGUGGGCAACCUCAGCUCUAAGCCAGAACGCGAUGUGCUCAUGCAGGACUUCUAUGUGGUGGAGAGCAUCUUCUUUCCCAGCGAAGGGAGCAACCUUACCCCCGCCCACCACUUCCAGGAUUUCCGUUUCAAGACCUAUGCACCUGUUGCCUUCCGUUACUUCCGGGAGCUCUUUGGUAUCCGUCCGGACGAUUACUUGUACUCACUCUGCAACGAGCCACUCAUUGAGCUGUCCAACCCGGGUGCCAGUGGCUCCGUCUUCUACGUCACCAGCGAUGACGAGUUCAUCAUUAAGACUGUCAUGCACAAGGAGGCGGAGUUCCUGCAGAAACUGCUGCCUGGCUACUAUAUGAACCUCAACCAGAACCCCCGGACCUUGCUGCCCAAGUUCUAUGGGCUGUACUGUGUGCAGUCCGGCGGCAAGAACAUUCGAGUGGUGGUCAUGAACAAUGUGCUGCCCCGUGUCGUCAAGAUGCACCUCAAGUUCGACCUCAAGGGCUCCACGUACAAGCGCAGGGCCAGCAAGAAGGAGAAGGAGAAGAGCCUGCCCACCUACAAGGACCUGGACUUCAUGCAGGACAUGCCAGAGGGGCUGCUACUGGACUCUGACACCUUUGGCGCCCUGGUCAAGACGCUGCAGCGAGACUGCCUGGUGUUGGAGAGCUUCAAGAUAAUGGACUACAGCCUGCUGCUGGGUGUGCACAACAUUGACCAGCAGGAGCGGGAGCGCCAGGCCGAGGGCGCCCAGAGCAAGGCUGACGAGAAGCGGCCGGUGGCCCAGAAGGCCCUCUACUCCACAGCCAUGGAGUCCAUUCAGGGCGGAGCUGCCCGUGGGGAGGCCAUUGAGACAGAUGACACGAUGGGUGGGAUCCCAGCCGUGAAUGGGCGUGGGGAGCGCUUGCUCCUACACAUCGGAAUCAUUGACAUUCUGCAGUCCUACAGGUUCAUCAAGAAGUUAGAACACACCUGGAAGGCCCUCGUCCACGAUGGGGAUACCGUCUCAGUCCACCGGCCCAGCUUCUAUGCCGAGCGCUUCUUCAAGUUCAUGAGCAGCACGGUCUUCCGGAAGAGUUCCUCCCUCAAGUCCUCUCCAUCUAAGAAAGGGCGUGGCGCCCUGCUCGCAGUCAAGCCCCUGGGGCCCACCGCAGCCUUCUCAGCUAGCCAGAUCCCCAGUGAGAGAGAGGAUGUGCAGUACGACCUGCGGGGAGCCCGCAGCUACCCCACGCUGGAGGAUGAAGGCCGGCCUGACCUCCUGCCCUGCACCCCACCGUCCUUUGAGGAAGCCACCACAGCCUCUAUCGCCACCACCCUGUCAUCCACCUCCCUCUCCAUCCCAGAGCGGUCCCCUUCAGACACAUCAGAGCAGCCCCGGUACAGGCGGCGUACGCAGUCUUCAGGCCAGGAUGGCCGGCCCCAGGAGGAGCUGCAUGCGGAAGACCUGCAGAAGAUAACUGUGCAGGUGGAGCCAGUGUGUGGUGUGGGGGUUGUCGUCCCCAAGGAGCAGGGUGCAGGAGUGGAGGUUCCCCCAUCUGGGGCAUCGGCAGCAGCCACGGUGGAAGUAGACGCUGCCAGCCAGGCCUCAGAGCCCGCCAGCCAAGCCUCUGAUGAGGAAGAUGCGCCUUCCACAGACAUCUAUUUUUUCGCCCACGGGAGAUACUGGCUUUUCUCUCCCCGUCGUCGCCAACUGCGGGCCGUGACACCAAGCCACACAGGCGCUCCCACCGACGAGAGGAGCUGGGUGUACUCCCCGCUUCACUAUAGCGCACGGCCCGCCUCCGACGGCGAGAGCGACACAGUAAGUCCCCAGUAACUUCUAUGCAGUCCCCAAUCUGGAGCCCAGCGUCCUUCUGCCACCCCAGCCACUUCCUGGAGGCGCUGCCCCCCACUGGGGCUCAGAGCUCAGCGACAUCACCCCGAUGGCCCUGGCCCGACCUUGUUCUCUCCCUCCCCACUGACGGACGCCAUUGGCCAGGCCCAGCCCCAGGAUAGGUCAGGCCUCCAUCUGCUGCUACCUGUGCCUGUUGGGGCGGCAAGAUUUGGAGUGCACAUUCUGUAUUUAUUUUGGGUCCACCCCUCCCCCCCCUUUUUUUGGACGGAGAGGGAGCACAGGAGUGUUUUUCUAGGAAAAAGACAAGACACAAAAAACCCAGGAAGAGGCUGCAGCCACCAGCCUUGGUGGAUCAGGUUCUAUGUGUCUCAGUACCCUGGGGACAGUGGCCAGGUAGCUCCAGUAAACCCCACACACUCCAGAGCUCGUUAUGACUGGCAGAGGAGACAGGCCCUGGAGCCGCGGCUUGCCGUCCCGGGUCUGUGUUCCUGAGUUGGGUCGCCUCAACAGAGCCCCUCCUUCACCUCAGGUUUGGGACCCAAGCAAACCAGGACUAGUCAUGCCCUGUGGUCUUUCUGCAUCUGUUUACUGCCACUGGAAGGAUGUCCCUACGCAUGUCUUGUGGCUACAAUCACCUGAUGCUGACUGGGAGGUUCCAUAUUGUCUGCCUCUCAUCCCCAUGAAACCCUGAGCUGGUGCUGUGGGUCCCCUCAACUCCCAGGGAAAUCUCUGCCCCCAAGAAGGGCACAGCCAGGCUUCAGGCUGCAGAGUGAGAGUUUGGUCCUUACCUUGGUUGAAGAGAGUAAGAAAGGGACAUCACCUCAGCAAAGCCAACCAUAUCUACUGACCACCAGGGAGAUCGCAGCAAGCAUUCUCCACUGGGCAGACCCCAGUGUGUUGGGUGCAGUCCAGCUAUGCUAUGCCUCUGUUUCGUGGAUGUUCCACCCACGGUAGGCGGAGUCAAGCAGGAAUGUUCUGAAAGCACGCAGCCACAGGACACAACCUUUGGGUCAGCUUCAUGGGCCUCUUGGGUUGCACCUUCAGGGACAGGGGCUAUCUGGCUUCCAAGGACUGUAGCAGCCUGUGGAGGCAGUGUGGAGCAUGACACUGCCAUCGUGGCCAGAAAAGGCAUGGCCAGGGAGAGGACCCCUGGAGGGGGAGAGUAGGAGAGAUGGGCAGAUGCCUGUCCCUGGACCUCACAUCAGCCCCCUUCCUGUUGAGGAAUGCACAGUGAACACACCGUGGGGAGCUGCUGCAUGAGUUAACUAAGGGGUUGGGGCUUGCACACACCAGGCAAGCAUGUCACACCUGCCAUCCCUGAACUUGGAAAGUUAAGGCAGGAGGGUUGUGGCAAGUUCCAGGCUCGCGUGGGUUAGAGUAAAACGAGACCAAAAGGAAAAAAAAAAUCACAGGGCUGGCCCUACCACUCAGUGGGCAGAACUCACCCAGCUGCAUAAACCCUGAGUUCCAUUCCAGCACCACAGAAACCAGAUUGGGAGGCACACAGCUGCCAUCCCUCGCUUGGGAAACAGGCAGAAAGAGCAGGAGUGCAAGGCCAUCCUUGGCUGUAUCCAGUUGAAGGCCAGCCUGGGCUACAUGAGACUCUCUCAAAAGAGAAUCUGUAAAUAUCUUCGUGACCCCACCUCCCAUCCUGUUCUCUAUGAUGGCCGCUAUCGCCCCACCGUGGACGGUGUGUGAACUGUACUGUAAAGGCCUGCCUGGGGGCGCCUCCAAGGCUGAAGAGGUGCCCUCCCCGGCCCGCCUCUGUUCUCCUCAAGCCAUCCCAGCAAGUCCCCUGUCCAGCCCCACACCAACCUCAGUGCAAUAUGCCCUUCCCGUGGGGUCCCCUGGCACGGUACUGUCUCUGCAGCCCCUUGUCUCUUACCCCUAGCUCCUCUCUCCCAGUGGUUAAAAAUCACAUCGCACAUCCUCCCCCACAUCCUGUUUUUAUUGUUGAAUCCAUUCUGUAAACUACAAACCUCCUGUGUCUUACUCAUCAGGAAUAGGGAUCCCGGGUCCUCAGCCCAUGUGAUCUGGUGUUUGACAAUCCAAGUACAGUGUCCCCUUGGCACCAACCAGUGGGGCCUGUCCCUCCAGCGCAGCCGGCAAAUGUAUGCAGCCCAGGUUCCCGCUCCACCUGUCACACCCCUCUUUUUGAGAUCUGUAAUAAAUCUCUAAUAAGAAA